AACAAAUAUUCGUCUCCCCAAGAGAAUGUGGAAGAAGAAGAAGAAUAAACAGAGCACAACAAUGGAAGAUCAUCACGGUUCACUCCGUUACCGUGACGGAGAAGUCAAAGAAGAUUUCUUCGAUAAAACCGACUACGAAGUUUCUACAAUCUUAUUGGAGCUUUCACAUCCCGUCGUAUUCUCUUCGAAUUCUCUUUGUCUACAUAAAUGGGGUCGCACUAAAAAGAGGUCAAGUUCCAUUCUCCUGAAUCCGCCGGUGAUAAAAUCGCUGCCGUGUACAGACGUCGGCGAGAUGGGAAGUACUUCCAGUUCGUCGUGCUUAACCGGCGAGGCCAAGAAAACCAAUCCUCAAAGCUUUAAGAAAGGUUUAGAAGAAGAAUUUUCUACGACAAAUCAAAGAUCGAAGCCUCAGAUUACUUCUCAGCCAAACGCAUCAUGCUCGCUUCUCGAGGCGGAGAUGGGUUUAAUUAGGGCUCAAGUUGGGUUGCUAGCCCAGCAGCCCAUUGGAGAUCAGAGAAGAAUAGAUUAUCAAAACUUGUUUCAUCCACAACCGUCGAUAUGCGGUGGUGAUCGUACGGCCUACGUGAGGGAUGUUGAAACGACGUCGAUGCUACACCAAGGGAGGGGUGACUUGGAACGACGUGGCUUUGAUCUGAACCUUCCAGCUGCAGAGGAAGGUAACCGUAUCGACACCAUGUUUGGUUUUCAUAGAGUGGCAAAUAAUAAAGCCCAAGCAGCUGCUCAAGCACGACAAAGACGAUUAGGUUUAAUUCGAUCUAAGAAGCUUUCUAGUAGAUUUAUUUCUCCACAACAAUUCAAGUAGGAAUGGGGCUUUUCUGAAAGAAAAAAAAACUUUUUUGAAGGGUACUUAGCUAAUAUAUAGAUUUUUGAUGCGAAUAUGUAACCAAAAUUGCAAGUUUCCAUUUGGAGAAGGGGCAAGUUUUGGUUUUGUAUAAUUUAUAA